GAGAGGGAUGCGCGCGCGUGUUGGCCGAGGGGGGUCCCUCUCCUUGCGCACUGAAGCCGGGGGCCCCUGGUCAGCGGAGGGGGAGCUGGCCCGGCCCGCCCUGUCCAGCUGUGGCUCCCUCUGCUGCUGCUGCGCUGCCCAGCCUACUCUCUUGAAGACACGUGGUUGAAUCUCCAAUCUAAAGCCAUCAUUCCUCCAUUGCUUAUCAUCAAGGCCCACUGUGGACAUUCUCCGUCCUGCACCCUGAACUCCACAGGACCAUCAACUUCAACCUGGGAACUCCACAAAGUGACGGUCAGAAGCUUUCCUUCCCAUCCCGGCGACCCCUUUCCGCUAGACACACCCAACGUGUCAGUGGUGUGACUCGGAAGAGUUGGUUUUCACCCGCUGAGUUGGCCUCCGAGACUUUGGCCCGUCUUCCAAGCAGACUUUUUGACGCCAUGUCCCGGAGUGAUUGGCCAUCCCUGCUGCCGUACCCCCUCAGCCCUCGCCUCUAGUCUCCCUCCGGGCACAGUUGAACCGGUCACAUUAAUGUUGAGUGUCUUGUGCUUUAAAGUGUUAAGGAAGAUGCAGAGACGGCACAGCAGCAUCACGGACAGCCUGCUUCCGGAAAGGAGCCGGAGCCAGACCAUCACGUCCGAGACGAGCGUGGACGAAGGCGGCGUGUUUGAAGGCCUCAAGACCGAAGCGCCCUCUCCUCAGCAGCUCUUCUCCGGGUUGGGGGUGAUCCCGUCGGGCACCAUCACGGCCACCCCUUUCCAGUCGAGUUUGGUGCUGGGGUCCUCCGCAGGGGGCGGGGAGGUCUUCAUCCAGAUGCCCGCCCCACGGGAGGAAGGGGGCGGCCACGCAGAAGGCGGGCCCUACCACCACCGGCCGCCACCCCACCACUACCACCAUAGCCACCAGCGGGGGCCGUCCCUGCUGCACAUGGCCGGCGGCGACCGCCACGGACAUCCGGAGGAGGGCCCCGAGGACCAGCCCGGGACCCCGGCCCCGGCCCUUUCGGAGCUGAAGGCGGUCAUCUCCUGGCUGCAGAAGGGGCUUCCCUUCAUCCUGAUCCUGCUGGCCAAAGUCUGUUUCCAGCACAAGCUUGGAAUUGCUCUGUGCAUCGGUAUGGCCAGCACAUUCGCAUAUGCAAACUCAACCCUCCGAGAACAAGUCUCCUUGAAGGAAAAGAGGUCGGUGUUGGUGGUGUUCUGGAUCUUGGCCUUCCUCACAGGGAACACCCUCUACCUGCUCUACACUUUCAGUUCCCAACAGCUGUACAACAGCCUCAUCUUCUUGAGACCCAACCUGGGGAAACUGGAUUUCUUCGAUCUGAUGUGGAUUGUGGGGGUCACAGACUUCGUCCUCAAAUACGUCACCAUCGCCUUGAAGUGCCUGGUCGUGGCCUUGCCGAAAAUCAUCCUUGCCAUCAAGUCCAAGGGGAAGUUCUACCUGGUCAUCGAAGAGCUGAGCCAGCUUUUCCGCUCCCUGGUCCCCAUCCAGCUCUGGUACAAAUACAUCAUGGGCGACGAUCCCUCCAGCAGCUACUUCCUUGGCGGGGUCCUCCUCAUCUUGUACAGCCUCUGCAAAUCUUUCGACAUCUGUGGCCGUGUGGGAGCCGUGAGGAAGGCGUUGAAGGUCCUGUGUACUCCUCAGUGCUAUGGGGUCUGUGCAACCAGUCAGCAGUGCAGCGAGGCUGGGGACAUCUGCGCCAUCUGCCAGGCUGAGUUCAGGGAGCCGCUGAUCCUUCUGUGCCAGCAUGUUUUUUGCGAAGAGUGCCUCUGUCUUUGGUUCGACCGGGAGAAGACCUGUCCUCUCUGCCGCUCUGUGGCUGUGGAAACUCUGCGCUGCUGGAAGGAUGGAACCACCUCUGCUCACUUCCAGGUUUAUUGACUUCCGGGCUCUACUGGGAAAUGGGCUUGGUGGGAUGAUGAAUUAAGGAGGAAUAUACUUGCCUGCCUUAUUGGUGGCGAUUUCCGCUUCUUUCCCCUACCCACACUGUGUCAAGAGACCAAGUGGCGCUCUGGUCCUUCUCUCCAGAGGUUUAGGCUACGUUUUAAAAGAAGACCUCAGAACCCAGGUUUCUAGCCCUCAUGGUCCUAGAGUUCUGUUUAAAAACAUGCAGGCAUUUAGCCUGGUCUAAUGACUGCAAAGGCACCUGGCUGCUACUAUACAUGCAUGAUGUUUCCCUGCCCACAAUUUCUUCUCCAUUCAUUUCAAUGGAGGGUGCAGAUCUGCAUGUGUGGGAAUCAGUUUCUGCAACUAAAUGGGGGAACACUGCCUCUCAGGCGGCUUUCAUGCACACAUUGCUGCAGAAAUUGAACUUUGUAGAAGUGUCUGGAUGCAUCUCUCCUCCCCCCCGCCACCCGAUUCCUCCUCAUCGUGCUGCGUUUCCCAUUAGAUCACUGGCAUUGUUUACCAAUAUCCUUCUCCCACCUCUGCCUUUUUCCCCAUCUUGGGGGAAAAAAACCCCAAACAAAACUAAAUUCCACAACGUAGGUACCACUGCAGCUUAGAAUUAGCCCCAUCACUUGCAAAAUUGUAUUGAUUAAUCUUUGCUUUCAGUGCAAAAAGUGUGUCUGUGUGUGUCAUGGCUAAUAGUUAUUAUUAACAGUAAUUAUUAUAUUAAUAUUAAAUUAAAACUAAUGAUUGGUUUUCAUUUGUUUUAUAUCAUUGUUUUAAUCACCGUAUCUGGUUUUUAUAUUUCUUGUAUUUCAACUUAUGGACACUGCCUAGGAAGGCACACGUCAGGCGGUAUAGAAAUGUAAUAAAUAAAUAAAUGAUGACAUCUUCUUCCUUUUUAAAUGCUGUAUAUAAUCUUCACUUUGUGUUCCUAUGGCAAAAGGCUGUUUGUUUGUUUGUUUAUUGGGUUUCUAUACCACCCUUCCAAAAAUGGCUCAGGGCGGCUUACACAGAGAAAUAACAAAUAAAUAAGAUGGCUCCCUGUCCCCAAAGGGCUCACAAUCUAAAAAGAAACACAAGACAGACACCAGCAACAGUCACUGGAGGGAUGCUGUGCUGGGGGUGGAGAGGGCCAGUUACUCUCCCCCUGCUCAAUAAAGAGAAUCACCACAUUAAACGGUGCCUCUUUGCCAAGUUAGCAGGGGAUUAAAACCUUAUUUAUAAAUCACCUUAUUUCCGGCAGUGUUUGAAAAUGUACACAGUAUUCCACAUGUGGCUGCACCACAAAUUUGUUAUAAGGGGGACGUGACCGUCGGUUUCCUUUUCAAUCAGUUUCCGUACAGGGCCUAGCAUGGAUGUGGCCUCUUUUUGAAGCCACUGCUCAGAGAGGUGAUGUUUUCAUUGAGCUCUUCACCACACGCCCCAGGUCUCUUUCCUGGUUAGUGACGGGCAGUUCCAAAUGCAUCACUGCAAAUGAGAAUCUGGGAUGUCUUACCCCAGUAAUAAAUAUCCCUUUCCCUACUGGGCGACAUCUGACCUUGAAAUGUUUUGUGUUAUUGAUUUGAUUUGAUUUUGUAGGAAGCACGCCACACACAAAAUGACAACUUGAUUUUUUUUUUAAUAAAGUCAUUAUAAAUAUGUACAAAGUCUCCAGCAUAUGAAAUUCAUUUUACAAAAGGGUGAGAAAAAAACCACUUCAAAUUGGAAACGAAAGCUGACUUAUUUCAUCGGCUGUGUGCCCACAGAGCGUUUUGCAAGGCAACUUGCAAAAAGCUGGCAAACUGAACUGUCAGAAGGAGAGCGAACACAUCAUAGUUGCAUUCUUCAACCCAAAGAACUGCAGGAAACCUUAGAAAGAGCAUGCGUUUGUUUUCUAGUCUCCGAUUCCCUGAUAAAGAGUCAAGAACCCUGUCACAACCUGAAGCCUGUUUUGCUUUCUGUAGAGAGCUUAAGGAAGGGCUUCUCCAAGAUAGGGCUGAGAGAGAGACUCCUGCCUGCAACCUUGGAGAAGCUGCUGCCAGCCUGUGUAGACAAUCCUGAGCUAGAUGGACCAAGGGUCUGACUCAGUAUAUGGCAGCUUCUGAUGUUCCUCACUUGUGCUGGAAAGCUGCAGUAGGGACAGGACUCCCAGUACAUGCAUGGAUAUGAAACAAAAGCAGUAUUCAUUCAUUCUGUUGUACCUGCAUUUGGAUGUCUGUACAGAUGUUUUGGCGUGAAUGACGGCUUUCAUUUUCAAAGUGAACUUGAGUACAGAAAUGCAGGAUAUAGACAGGAAGCAUACUGCUGUAUGAGUGUUCAACUUAACUUGUAAAUAACUGUACCUGUGUACAGAGUACACAGAAGCCCAGUUAGGAACAUAGGAAUCUGCCAUAUACUGAGUCAGACCCUUGGUCCAUCUAGCUCAGUAUUGUCUACACAGACUGGCAGCAGCUUCUCCAAGGUUGCAGGCAGGAAUCUUUCUCUCAGCCCUAUCGUGGAGAAGCCAGGGAGGGAAUCUGAAACCUUCUGCACACAAGCAGGCAGGUACUCUUCCCAGAGUGGCCCCACCGCCUGAGGGGGAUAGCUUCCAGUGCUCACACAUGGAGUCUCCCAUUCAAAUGUAAGCCAGGCUGGACCCUGCUUAGCAAAGAGGACGAUUCACGCUUGCUACCACAAGACUAGCUCUCCUCACUGUUCAGAUAAUGAGGUCAUUCACACCAUCAAAAACUGUGUUCUGCUUGGGUUUGGGAGCUGUGUGCGUUCCCAGUUUUCGAUUCUGUAGAAGCAAUGUAGGAGGAAAACCUGGGUAGAAGUGAUUGGGUGGAAGCAAAGAGGAAUAAGUGGUUUCCCUCCUAGCUUGUUUCCACGCAACCAGAAAUUGGGAGCACACACAGAUCCCAAACCCAAAUAGAACACAGUUUUUGAGGGUGUGAAUGACCUCAUUUUAUUGUACCAGUGUACAGAUGUCUGAAUACUCACGUGUGUUUGUGUGAAUGAGUAUACCAGCUUUCAUUUUAAAAGGGAACUUGGAUACAAGUCCUUCAAACCCAUGAUACCGAUAGGAAGUAUACUACUCUACCUGUGUUCAACAGAACAGGUGAAUAUCCAUACCUGUGUGCAUUGCAAACCUGUACCACAUCUGAAAGGGGCAAUACCAACAAACCACAAUCUACGAGAAGAGCACAUUUUCCAGUGGCAGUUACUGGUACAGUAUAUCUCUUGGGUCUUUUUUUAAAAAUAGUUUUAAUUCAUUGUGAGUCCUUUAGGGACAGGUAACCAUUUUUAAACCCCCCCCCUCUCAUUUCUCUGCUAUGCAACACAUUUCAGGAAGGUUCACAGUCAAGCAUGCAAACCAAACGUGUUUACAAACCAAAAUAAGCCACGGAUGUUUGAGAUUUUGAAUAUAUCCCACGCCACUUACAAAUGGCCCUGUCUAUAAAACCCCUAACACAGAAGAGUUCCUGUGGGUCGCGUCCCCCUUGCUCCACUCUCCACGUCUCUCCCCCAUGGAGGGGAUGCUUAUAAGUACACAACUGCACAGGUAGACCUCUUGAGAGACAGGCCAAAGAUCUGCAAAAGGCAGUGGAUUCUCUGGAAGGCAGCCCUUAUGAACGCACCAGCAGCCAACAUGUGUUCACUUCCUCGGCACCGGAAGUGAACGUGGA